AUGUUGAAUCUGAGGUUCAUUGGACCUUUUGAGGUCUUGAGGCAGGUCAGGCCGGUAGCAUAUCAAGUAACAUUGCCACCGCAUUUGUCUAACCUAUAUGAUGUAUUCCAUGUGUCACAACUCCAUAAGUACACAUCGGAUGCAGCUCAUGUAUUAGAGCCUGAGUCUGUUGAGUUGAAGGAGAACUUAAUGUUUCAAGUAACAUCGGUACGGAUUGAUGACACUAAUGUAAAGAAAUUGCGCGAAAAGGAAGUUCAGUUGGUCAAAGUGGCUUGGAGAAGAGAUGGAAUGGAAGAGCACACUUGGAAAUUAGAGUCAUAG